GUAGCUACCUGUCACUACUGGUCGAGGUCAACAUGAAAGUGAAAGCAGUGAAAUCCCCAGACUGGUAUGCCUUGUCACCGCUCCAGACGGUAAAAAGUGUUGCUCAGGUGAGUGAGGCUAUAUUCUUUUGAAAUUUGAAAGGGUGUAUGCUUAUGAGAAACAUUUGUCUGUAUGUCUGUAAUGUUUUCCCCUACAGCAAAUAGGAGCAGGGGAUUAUGCUGAGGCAGAUUGUUUUUACAGACUAGGUUUCAUGCAUAAUUGGGGCAUUUGUCAUACAAUUGAACUCUUUAGCCUCUGCAUGCUAAGUAUUGCUCUGAAAAUGGUGAUGAAUGUACUGUAGGGCUGUGCAGAGACAUACUUCAAUAGAUAAGAAACUGCUCUUUAAAUUUUUACAGGCAAGUUUUAACAUGUUACUGCAGCUAUCAACAAAUAAGCUGUCUCUCUCAUGGAAACUUAAGUGGAGAGGAUGUUUAUUCAUCAACAGUGUUGGGGAGUAGUGAACUAUUGUACAUUUAGUUUAACUAGUCAUUUAAUUACAUUUAGCAGUGGCUUGGUGGUAGUUGAACUAAAUUCAAAUCUUGGUAGUGUUUUCAGUAGUAUUCUGCUAAUGUUUUUACAUUUUUGCCAUUUAGUGGUAUAGCUAACUACUGGAACUACACACUACUUUUAUUUGCAAAAAUAAUAAUAAAAUAUGUGUGAAGUAGGCAAGAAUGUCCUUUCUUUUUUGUAAUCAAACCUGCCUAAUUCUCACUUGAAACACUUGUGUGUGUGCCUAAUUCUCAAUUUUUGUUUUUAAUAGGUUUAAUUACACAUUCUGUUGACAUCUGACUCCAGAGUGAUCUGUUCUUGCAUUUUGUAGUCAAUGACAUUUCAGAUUUAGAUAUGGUAAUUUUUCACAAAGUAGUUUGGAUGUAGUUAACUACUUUUUCUAAGUAACUUCAGUUAAGUAAGCUAUAUUUUUCUUAAGGGUAGCUUUAGUGUAGCUUAACUUCUUCCAGUGUGAAGUAAUUGGUAGCUUGGUAAACUAUACAGUGGGGGAAAAAAGUAUUUAGUCAGCCACCAAUUGUGCAAGUUCUCCCACUUAAAAAGAUGAGAGAGGCCUGUAAUUUAUAUCAUAGGUACACAUCAACUAUGAAAGACAAAAUGAGAAAAAUAAUCCAGAAAAUCACAUUGUAGGAUUUUUUAUGAAUUUAUUUGCAAAUUAUGGUGUAAAAUAAGUAUUUGGUCAAUAACAAAAGUUUCUCAAUACUUUGUUAUAUACCCUUUGUUGGCAAUGACACAGGUCAAACGUUUUCUGUAAGUCUUCACAAGGUUUUCACACACUGUUGCUGGUAUUUUGGCCCAUUCCUCCAUGCAGAUCUCCUCUAGAGCAGUGAUGUUUUGGGGCUGUCGCUGGGCAACACAGACUUUCAACUCCCUCCAAAGAUUUUCUAUAGGGUUGAGAUCUGGAGACUGGCUAGGCCACUCCAGGACCUUGAAAUGCUUCUUACGAAGCCACUCCUUCGUUGCCCGGGCGGUGUGUUUGGGAUCAUUGACAUGCUGAAAGACCCAGCCACGUUUCAUCUUCAAUGCCCUUGCUGAUGGAAGGAGGUUUUCACUCAAAAUCUCACGAUACAUGGCCCCAUUCAUUCUUUCCUUUACACGGAUCAGUCGUCCUGGUCCCUUUGCAGAAAAACAGCCCCAAAGCAUGAUGUUUCCACCCCCAUGCUUCACAGUAGGUAUGGUGUUCUUUGGAUGCAACUCAGCAUUCUUUGUCCUCCAAACACGACGAGUUGAGUUUUUACCAAAAAGUUCUAUUUUGGUUUCAUCUGACCAUAUGACAUUCUCCCAAUCCUCGUCUGGAUCAUCCAAAUGCAUUCUAGCAAACUUCAGACGGGCCUGGACAUGUACUGGCUUAAGCAGGGGGACACGUCUGGCACUGCAGGAUUUGAGUCUCUGGCGGCGUAGUGUGUUACUGAUGGUAGGCUUUGUUACUUUGGUCCCAGCUCUCUGCAGGUCAUUCACUAGGUCCCCCCGUGUGGUUCUGGGAUUUUUGCUCACCGUUCUUGUGAUCAUUUUGACCCCACGGGGUGAGAUCUUGCGUGGAGCCCCAGAUCGAGGGAGAUUAUCAGUGGUCUUGUAUGUCUUCCAUUUCCUAAUAAUUGCUCCCACAGUUGAUGUCUUCAAACCAAGCUGCUUACCUAUUGCAGAUUCAGUCUUCCCAGCCUGGUGCAGGUCUACAAUUUUGUUUCUGGUGUCCUUUGACAGCUCUUUGGUCUUGGCCAUAGUGGAGUUUGGAGUGUGACUGUUUGAGGUUGUGGACAGGUGUCUUUUAUACUGAUAACAAGUUCGAACAGGUGCCAUUAAUACAGGUAACGAGUGGAGGACAGAGGAGCCUCUUAAAGAAAAAGUUACAGGUCUGUGAGAGCCAGAAAUCUUGCUUGUUUGUAGGUGACCAAAUACUUAUUUUCCACCAUAUAAUUUGCAAAUAAAUUCAUUAAAAAUCCUACAAUGUGAUUUUCUGGAGAAAAAAAAUCUCAUUUUGUCAGUCAUAAUUGACGUGUACCUAUGAUGAAAAUUACAGGCCUCUCUCAUCUUUUUAAGUGGGAGAACUUGCACAAUUGGUGGCUGACUAAAUACUUUUUUCCCCCACUGUAUUUUCAGAGUAGCUUCCCCAACACUGCAAAUCAAUUAGGGGGUACCUUGGUUAAAUGACCACACUCGUACCUUAAAAAGUGAACUUAGAACUUAGGCUGAACAUAAAUGGAAGGCCUGCAAACUUCAAAUAUUCUAUGAGAUAAUGAAGGAUCUGAUGAGGAACUACAAUGUUGCGGUUAAAGAUGCAAGAGUGAAAGUUGUUUUCAAGCAAUUGGUGGCUUAUUUGAGUAUGAACAACUUAUUUGGUGAAUGCUCUAUCCUAGUUCUUUUGGAUCUCAGUGACGCGUUUGAUACUAUCGAUCAUAACAUUCUUGUCUACCGGCUGGAGAGGUGGGUGGGAAUCUAUAGCAUUGCCCUCGAUUGGUUCAGAUCAUAUUUAUGUGACAGACGUUUCUCAGUGAGCAUGGGUGGUUCAGUAUCAUCCCCAGCACCUAUUCACUAUGGUGUCCCUCAGGGUGUCAAUUCUGGGCCCCAUCCUUUUUUCCCUGUACAUACAGUGGGGAAAAAAAGUAUUUAGUCAGCCACCAAUUGUGCAAGUUCUCCCACUUAAAAAGAUGAGAGAGGCCUGUAAUUUUCAUCAUAGGUACACGUCAAAUAUGAGAGACAAAUUGAGGAAAAAAAUUCCAGAAAAUCACAUUGUAGGAUUUUUAAGGAAUUUAUUUGCAAAUUAUGGUGGAAAAUAAAUAUUUGGUCACCUACAAACAAGCAAGAUUUCUGGCUCUCACAGACCUGUAACUUCUUCUUUAAGAGGCUCCUCUGUCCUCCACUCGUUACCUGUAUUAAUGGCACCUGUUUGAACUUGUUAUCAGUAUAAAAGACACCUGUCCACAACCUCAAACAGUCACACUCCAAACUCCACUAUGGCCAAGACCAAAGAGCUGUCAAAGGACACCAGAAACAAAAGUGUAGACCUGCACCAGGCUGGGAAGACUGAAUCUGCAAUAGGUAAGCAGCUUGGUUUGAAGAAAUCAACUGUGGGAGCAAUUAUUAGGAAAUGGAAGGCAUACAAGACCACUGAUAAUCUCCCUCGAUCUGGGGCUCCACGCAAAAUCUCACCCCGUGGGGUCAAAAUGAUCACAAGACCGGUGAGCAAAAAUCCCAGAACCACACGGGGGGACCUAGUGAAUGACCUGCAGAGAGCUGGGACCAAAGUAACAAAGCCUACCAUCAGUAACACACUACGCCGCCAGGGACUUAAAUCCUGCAGUGCCAGACGUGUCCCCCUGCUUAAGCCAGUACAUGUCCAGGCCCGUGCUAGAGUGCAUUUGGAUGAUCCAGAAGAGGAUUGGGAGAAUGUCAUAUGGUCAGAUGAAACCAAAAUAUAACUUUUUGGUAAAAACUCAACUCGUCGUGUUUGGAGGACAAAGAAUGCUGAGUUGCAUCCAAAGAACACCAUACCUACUGUGAAGCAUGGGGGUGGAAACAUCAUGCUUUGGGGCUGUUUUUCUGCAAAGGGACCAGGACGACUGAUCCGUGUAAAGGAAAGAAUGAAUGGGGCCAUGUAUCGUGAGAUUUUGAGUGAAAACCUCCUUCCAUCAGCAAGGGCAUUGAAGAUGAAACGUGGCUGGGUCUUUCAGUAUGACAAUGAUCCCAAACACACCGCCCGGGCAACGAAGGAGUGGCUUCGUAAGAAGCAUUUCAAGGUCCUGGAAUGGCCUAGCCAGUCUCCAGAUCUCAACCCCAUAGAAAAUCUUUGGAGGGAGUUGAAAGUCCGUGUUGCCCAGCGACAGCCCCAAAACAUCACGCUCUAGAGGAGAUCUGCAUGGAGAAAGGGCCAAAAUACCGUGUGUGAAAACCUUGUGAAGACUUACAGAAAACGUUUGACCUGUGUCAUUGCCAACAAAGGGUAUAUAACAAAGUAUUGAGAAACUUUUGUUAUUGACCAAAUACUUAUUUUCCACCAUAAUUUGCAAAUAAAUUCAUAAAAAAUCCUACAAUGUGAUUUUCUGGAUUUUUUUCCAUCAUUUUGUCUGUCAUAGUUGACGUGUACCUAUGAUGAAAAUUACAGGCCUCUCUCAUCUUUUUAAGUGGGAGAACAUUCACAAUUGGUGGCUGACUAAAUACUUUUUUUCCCCACUGUAUAUCCCCUUGGUGACAUCAUUUGCAAUCACAAAAUUCUGUUUCACUGCUAUGCGGAUGACACACAGCUUUAUUUACCAAUCAGACCCAGUGAUCAAGCUAACGUAGCUACCCUUCACAAGUGUCUUGCUGAUAUUGUAUGUUGGAUGUCUGACAAUUUCCUCCAGCUCAAUGACUAGAACCCAGACUGAGAAUAACCUUGGUCCUUUGUCCACCAAUGUAAAGCCUAUGGCCAGAAACCUUCUUCAACCCUAAUCUUAAUCUUGUUGUAUGUAAAGAUGAUUGUCCAGUCCAGUUUUUUUUUGUGUAUACAUAUUUUUUGGUUACUCCUUUUCACCCCAAUUUCGUGGUAUCCAAUUGGUAGUUACAGUCUUGUCCCAUCGCUGCAACUCCCGUAUGGACACGGGAGAGGCGAAGGUCGAGAGCCGUGCGUCCUCCGAAACACAACCCAACCGAGCCGCACUGCUUCUUGACACAAUGUCCGCAACCCAGAAGCCAGCCGCACCAAUGUGUUGGAGGAAACGCUGUACACCUGGCGACCGUGUCAGCAUGCACUGCGCCCAGCCCGCCACAGGAGUCGCUAGUGCGCAAUGGGACAAGAACAUCCCUGCCGGCCAAACCCUCCCCUAACCUGGACGACGCCGGGCCAAUUGUGCACCGCCCUAUGUGUCUCCCGGUCGCGGCCGGCUGCGACAGAACCUGGACUCGAACCAGGAUCUCUAGUGGCACAUCGCAGUGCCUUAGACCACUGAGCCACUUGGAAGGCCCCAGUCCUGCUUUUAUCAUCUUAGAAAUAUAGCCAAAGUCAAGUAUUUUAUUUCAGUCACUGAUCUGGAGAAAGUUAUGCAUGAAUUUAUUUCCUCACGCCUAGAUUACUGUAACUCUUUGUAUACAUGUCUUAGUCAGAAAUCAUUCUGUCUACAUAUAGUUCAAAAUGCUGCAGCUUGGCUUUUAACAGGUACCAGAAAAUGUACCCAUGUCACACCUAUUUUAGCUUCUCUACUGUACACUGGCUACCAAUCACUUUUAGAAUUGAUUUUUAAAUUGUAUUAAUCACGUUUAAGGCUCGGUUUAUGAGCCAGGACGCAGCAUGAUAUCCUCUUGCAAUGCACUGUUGGCCAUUCCAAAGUUGAAAACUAAAGGAGACCGGGCAUUUGCCAUUAGGGCCCCUAGAUUUUGAAUGGUCUGCCAGAGGAGAUCAGGCUUGCGGAUUCAGUGCCCCUUUUAAAUCCCUACUGAAGGCACACUUUUAUAAAAAUCCAUUCUUAGCAGUGACCUGUGACUUGUUUGUCCCUGGCCUAGCGGCAUAUUAGAAUAUAAUACUCCCUACAUAGUAAUUACAGGUUGUACACAAAUUAAUGUAUCUACAUAUGAUUCUUACGCAAUGUAGGAAUGCUACCCUUAUUUUUAACUUGAGGUACUUCGCCAGGUUGGGUUGGUUACCGUGACGACACACCCUGUCCCUCUUACCUUCAAGAGAAAAUGGCAUGUUGUCUGUGAACAGAAGCUGUUCCUGCUGACUGUGAAGACAGGCACCAAAAGCUACAGGCACUUUUAAAAACACGUUCCACAAACACCUCCUUGCCUGACACAAGCAAUUGAUUUUCUAGAGACAAUCUUCAUCUUUCCCCUACCAUUUUAUUUUAGUAACCAGGGACAUUCGAUGCCAAGCGGUUAUCAGAUGGCAGAGAUUGGGGAACCUGGGGACAUGGAGGAGGUGAAUGAAGCUCGGGGUCUAGAGGAGGACAGAUCCUCCCUCAAAUCCACCAUGGAGAGGAACGGGAAGACCCAACCCAACGGCCCGGUGAAGGACAAGAAACUGGGGAUGAUUAAGCAAUUUAGGGAGAGCAUGAAGCAGGUUGGAGAGAAGAGUCCUCUGUUUUCAAACAGCAAAGGGUCAAAGGACAGACCCAAUUCAGACCAGGGGGGACACAGUAUUGAACCUGAAGUGACAUCUCUGACCCAUCAGCUGCCACCCCCUCCCUCACCAAGUAAGUUUUCCUUAGGUUUGUCCCUCUGUCAAAUUAAGUGAGUUAUGAAAUAUGCUCUUGAGUCAAGAAAUGGCUUCCCAAGGUCAUGGGAAGAGGAAGUCUCAGGACACACAGAAUGACAGUAUAAAUGACAGGAAGGACUCUCUUAUGCACUGUAUUGAGGACUUGUAUCUAUUUUCAGCCUGACAUAGCCAGACUGAGCAGGGAGUUUUCCUCAUUACUCAAUAACUGACAUUCCUAUCUUAAUUAAGUUAAUGCUCAACUCAGAAAACAGCUCCCAACCAAGCAGGAUAUACAUUAACAUAACUAACCUUUGUACAAUAACAAAUCUGACAGAACCUGCUUAACCAGUUGCCAACGUAGGUUGACUUUUUCUGUGUUUGUGUGUGUGUUUGUGUGUGUGACUGUGCGACUGUCCGUUUGUUUGUUUGUUUGUUUGUGUGUGUGUACGGUCAGCACACCCACUAUUACACUGCAAAUUAGUUAAAUUACUACCGGUAUUCAAUGUCAAAGAGAUCAGCAACUCUCUCUCUCUCUCUCAGGUUUGAGUGCUGGGUCUCCUGUGGCCUCUCCCCUGAAGAGUCCGGGUGGGUUCUUCCAAAGGAAGGAGGGAGGAGAGAGUGCAAAAGAUUCACCACCAUCCCAGAAGAAACACUCCAGAUCACACUCGGGUACACCGCUGUUUACCCAACCAACCAGUCAAUGGUUGUUUUUAGAGGCUGUUUGCAGUAUUUUUUUCACUGACAGAAUUCUAGAGAGCUUUGUAAGGUCUUCAUAAUCUGAUCUCCGUAUUGGCCAUCUAUAGACUCAUCAGCCAUUGGGGACUCUCUUCUGAAGAAGGGGGCUUCCAUCCGACGGAGUUUGCGACUUGUGGGGAAUAAGAAGGACAAGACCCUCAAACAGGUGCGGCUCCCGUCUGUCACUGAGAUCACAGUGGAGGAGAAGCGAGAGAGGGAGAAGGAGAGCAUAGAGAUCAAAGAGUCAUACAUACUCCCAGAGAUACCCCUCACACCCCUCUCAGGUGAGGCUCCCUCUCUCACUCUCUCACUCACUCACUCACUCACUCCCUCCCACUCACUCACUCACUCACUCACUCACUCACUCACUUUGAUUUGUCUCAUCCAUCUUUCUUUGUUUUAGCAACAGAGAUCACAAAGAGAUCUUAUCUGUGAUGUAAAUUUACAUUUACAUUUUAGUCAUUACAUGAGCAAUUGGGGUUAAGUGCCUUGCUCAAGGGCACAUCGACAAAUUUUUCACCUAGUCGGCUCGGGGAUUAGAACCAGCGACCUUUCGGUUACUGGCACAACGCUCUUAACCACUAAGCUACCUGCCGCCUAAAUCACUACGCUUGUGUUUGUGCAGUAUGUGUGUAUUAGGUAUAACAGCCUAGAUAACAAAGUUGUCUGCUCUUCCUCUCCAGUGAUGCAGAUCAACGAGCUGAUUAAGACUGAGGUGCUGGAGGAGGCCCACCUGAAUCUCCUCUCCCUACGCCAGGAGUUCCAGCGGGAGAGGGAGGAGUGCACGGAGGAGGCCUCCCCCAUGGAGCUGGCCAAGAAGGAGAAGGAUCUGAGCAUCCUUUACAGAGCCAUGCAGGAAAAGGUGAAGGAGACAGUGCGCGACUCCAACAGCCUUUCCUCCCGCAACAAGGAGCUCCUGAUGCAUGUGGCCCGCAUCAUCCAGGAGGAGGAGAAGAGGGAGGCAGAGCCCGGGGGCGUGGUUGGGCCUGGGGACUGGCGGGGUGCCUGGAGGGAGGCGGUGAGUUUGGGGGUCAAGGCAACGUUGAUGAGAGUUAAUCUGGACAGGCCCGAGCAGAAUGCCUCCUGGCUGGCUAUCCACCUGGGUCUGCUGGGCAAGGCCAUCGUAGAGGACUUGGAGAAGGUGAAGGGAGAGCUGCAGGGCUCUUACCCACCCAGCUUCAACGUGUUCAGCACCUACAUGAGCUGUUACCAUGGUGCUGUCAGCCAGCACCUGAACAUGCUUCAGCAGCAGGUGACAGAUCUGAAGGACUACUACACCCUGCUGGACUGGAUCAUCAAUCGCUAUGAGAGGUGAGGAAGGCUAAAAGUAAUUGUCUUGACAAAUACAUACAGUAUAUAAACAAAAUGUUUUCUAUGACUCAAAAUGAUGAGUAUUAUUUUAUCUGAGAGACACCAUCCCUGUUGAACAGUGAGAAGAUAAUGACCAGUCCUUCAUUGAGACCAGAGAUGGAGGCUGAGAACACAGGCCUCUCCCUGGAGGAGGGCUUCCUGGACCAGCUCAAAGCGAAAUACUGCAUGCGGGCUAAGGUAAGGGAUUGAGCACUCCACUAAGAGACAGAUGGAAAGAUGUUUAGGAAGAAUUUAGAUUGAAAGCAGGUACCACACUAGAAGAGUUUACAAACAAUUGUGUUAUUUUGCCCAUCAGGCCUUUAGCCUUUAUUAUUAUUUUGCUUUACAUAUCUUUUCCAGGAGGACAUGAGAGCUUCGCUGGAUAAAAUAUUAGAGCUUGAAAACGAGGACAUUUGGAUAAAGAAACAGGCACCUGAGACUGAUGAUGAACACUUCUUCAACUCUGACAUACACAUGGAUAUUUGGACGGUAUUGUUUUGUCAUUAUUUCAUAUAAUGCAAUAGCAUCAUAUCUCCAUUAGAGGGCAACAUUGCCUACUUAGUUACAUUUUCAUUGUAGUGACAGGCACCUUUUCCUGCAUGGUCCUCUGUAGCUCAGCUGGUAGAGCAUGGUGCUUGUAACGCCAAGGUAGUGGGUUCGAUCCCCGGGACCACCCAUUCACACAAAAAAUGUAUGCAUGCAUGACUGUAAGUCGUUUUGGAUAAAAGCGUCUGCUAAAUGGCAUAUUAUUAUUAUUACAGGCUACUAAGGCUACUAUUGAGUUGAAACUGAUGUUGUUUUCUUUGUAGAAAGUUGAGAGCAAUGCUGUUAACUCCAAGAGGAUUGAUGCGAACCUGGAGAUGAGAGUAGUCUGUUCCUGUCUGGAAGAGUUACAGAAGUUUCCCAAACAGUAUGCUCUGCAACAGUCCAAAGUCUGCUCUUUCUAUCUCUAUCCUAACCAUUAUUCACUGGAAAAACAAAACAAAACCGGACCUUCUCCUUUGCUUGUUAAUAACCCCAUAGCUUAUAUAUGUUUUAUUAUCUCUCCUUCACUCUCUCUCCAUCUUCAUAGAUUUGAGACCAAAUUAAGGUGCUGCUGUAACAGUGUGGAAAACUCUUCACUUUGGGCUGACUAUCAGAUAACUUACAUCAACAGCUUUACAGCUCUUAAGUAAGUCUGACUCCUCUCUUCAUUACAUCCGGUCAACAACCCUCCUUAUUUCCUCCACCCUCAAUGUAGACUAGAAUGUCCUGAACAACAGUUGCCAGGCAGUCAGUUCAGCUUGCCAGACACUUUGGGGUACAUUCACCAAAGGAAGGUGUGAAUUUAAAAAGAAAUGCUGCCUAAAAGAUUGAACUGAGAACAGAAGUCUUGGAUUAGAAGUACAGUCUAAGUAACAAUUAGUUUAAUACUAUCUCAGUGAUUUGAUGCACAUUUUUUGUUUGGACUAGAGCAACCAUAUUUUAGUGGCAUAAUGUCAUGCAUUUAGGUAAAAGUUUAACUUCACUCUGUCUGAUUUGAAGUUGCCACUCAUACAACAGAAGUGUGAUGAAAAACUGGGACGAUGAAACGACUAUAAGAGAGUAUUUAUUUCAUGUGCAUUUUCUGUGGAACCCAAAGAGGGUAAUUUAGCCUGCCUGCAAGAUGCUGUUCAAGAUAAACAUAAAGAAAAUACACAACAAGAGUGAGCAUAGAUCUAUAAGAGAAUGAGCAGAUAUACAAAUGUACAGUGGGUAUACGGUUGAUAUACAGUGGAUGUACUCAUUUACAGUGUCAGUAUGAAUAUAUAAAUAAUGAAAUAUAUCAAAUGAAUAUAUCUACAUGCAGAGAGAUGGACAGAGUGCAAUGCAGUAUAGUGCAGUUAUUUUGUGUAUAGUUCAGAGAAGCUUGAUGCGAUAGAGUGUAUAGUCCUUUAGUCUCUAUGGGCCAGAUGGCCGGUCAGAGAGGGCCACAGCCCGGGGGAAGAAACUUUUCAGGUGGUAGGAGGUUUUAGUCAUGAGUGACCUGAACCGCCUGCCAGAGAUGAAUUUUUGGAGGAGGGGGUCACCGGCGUGGGAGGGGUCGGCGAUAAUCUUUCUUGCACGCUUCCUUGCCCUGGAGUCGUGCAGGACCUCGAUGGAGGGCAGGUGGCAGCCGAUGACCCUCUUUUCAGACCGGACAAUGCGUUGUAGUUUGCCAUCAAUCUCGAGGGGGAGAGAUGGUGGGGGGCGGUUUCUGAAGUCAACCACCAUUUCAGUGGUUUUGCCUGUGUUGAGUUCCAGUUUAUUGCGACUGCACCAGGCCACUAGCCGGUCGACCUCUCCACGGUACAUGGACCAUAGUGGUGUCAUCUGCAAACUUGAGUAGUUUGACAGUUGCGUUAUUGAAGGUGCAGUCAUUGGUGUAGAGUGAGAAGAGGUGAGAGCAUGCAUCCUUGCGGCACUCCGGUGCUGAGGGAUAAAGAGUUCCAAAAGGUGUUUUCCCACAAACAUUAUCCUUGCAUAUGUCUUUGGGUUAUCAAAGUGUUUGAGGAUGUGGUGUAGGCCCAUGUUGACAGCGUCGUCCACAGACUUGUUAGCUCUGUAGGCAAACUGCAGUGGGUCGAGGAAAGCAUAAUUGAUGGUUGUGAGAUGGGACAGUACCAGACGCUCAAAGGUUUUCAUGAUGACCAAGGUGAGCGCUACAGGUCUGUAAUCGUUCAGGCAGGACACCUUUUUUUUGGGGGGGGGGGGACUGGAACAAUGAAACAUACAGGAACAGUGCAUUGCUCUGGACUUCGAUGGAGGGCAGGUGGCAGCCGAUGACCCUCUUUUCAGACCGGACAAUGCGUUGUAGUUUGCCAUCAAUCUCGAGGGGGAGAGAUGGUGGGGGGCGGUUUCUGAAGUCAACCACCAUUUACGCGGUUUUGCCUGUGUUGAGUUCCAGGUUAUUGCGACUGCACCAGGCCACUAGCUGGUCAACCUCUCCAUGGUACAUGGACUCAUCGGCGUUGGUGAUAAGACCGACCAUAGCGGUGUCAUCUGCAAACUUGAGUAGUUUGACAGAUGCGUUGUUGAAGGUGCAGUCAUUGGUGUAGAGUGAGAAGAGGUGAGAAGAGGUGAGAGCAUGCAUCUUUGCGGCACUCCGGUGCUGAGGGAUAAAGAGUUCCAAAGGGUGUUUUCCUGUUGGGCAGGAAGUCAGUGAUUCAAUGACAGAUGGAGCUGGACACAUUCAGCUGGGAGAGUUUGUCUUGUAGCAGUUUUGAGAUGAUGGUAUUGAACGCAGAGCUAAAGUCCACAAACAAUAUCCUUGCAUAUGUCUUUGGGUUAUCGAAGUUUGAGGAUGUAGUGUAGGUCCAUGUUGACAGCGUCGUCCACAGACCAUGCAUUUAGGUCCAAGUUUAACUUCACUCUGUCUGAUUUGAAGUUGCCACUUAUACAACAGAAGUGUGAUGGAAAACUUGGACGAUGAAACGACUAUAAGAGAGUAUUUAUUUAAUGUGCAUUUUCUGUGGAACCCAAAGAGGGUAAUUUAGCCUUCCUGCAAGAUGCUGUUCAAGAUAAACGUAAAGGAAAUACACAACAAGUAAUGUUGAAUUAUGGAUAAAUAUGUACAGUGUCUUACAAACAAACUCAAACAUACUCAAACACACUAACAUGCAGGCACAGUGGCACACUAUAUCAUAUUAUUGUAUAAGUGAAAGUGUAUUGAAGAGCAAAGCUGUUUCCAGCCAAUGGGCAUCUCUGGAGUAUAUCACUGCCAGUCUAAAGAGAGAAACACCACGUGGUUUCAGGGAAACGGAGCUGAGUAAAAUAACUGCCUGGGGGUUUAAGCUGUAGAGAGAGAAAUACCUCUCUCCAUGCUCAAGGAGCUGGUAAUGCCACAGAAACAAUCCACAGCAUGUCUCCGUCAGUCAAAAAAGAGGAACAUAAUAUUACAAAUGGGCAGAAACAGUCAGAAUUCUCUCUUGCAGAUUUAGUUAUUCAUGUUCAAGGAGACAGGACACUCAGAAUAAUGAUGGGGCUUGUCUGAGAUGGCCAGAUAUAACUUUAUACUGUUUAUCCUUAUUUCCUACUAUUGGCAUAAUGUUUGUUUGGAUAAUCUCAUCACCCAGCUCCAUCAAGACAACAUAGCCCUUCUUCCCCAAAUGGCCAAAUCCAUCUGUCACAACAGUUUCCAAACAGACUCAGAAAACCCCUCACAGUUUCACAAGAAACAUCACAUAGUUACACAAACAAAACAUCAGAAAUCGUAAACAUUCUGACAACCUCUGUUGAAACCCUCACGCUAUCCCCCUUCACCCCCCUUCCCCAACAUAGUGUUCUGAUGAAUUUAACCUAGGUGUGUAUGCAUGACAAGCUGACCUAACCUCUGACCUGUUUCAUUUCCCUCUUUCUCUUCCUCCAGGGAGCAUAUGGAGGGCUACAGGGAGAGCUGCCCGACACAGGUGGACCAUCUCAGCAGAGAGGUGGAUGGCCUGGUUCAUAGACUGGUCCAGGGCCUGGAGGACCAGUUUAAAAAUGAUGUCAGGGUAGGUUAGGGAGGGAAGUUUGAUUGACCUUUGACUUUGUCCUCGUUCUACAAAUGCCAUGAUAGCCUGAGUUGAUCAGAGUGUGUUGAGGUGAUUGAGAUCUGUCUUUGCUACUUGUCUCGGGUGACCUGGAAGUUACUUAGUUUGGUAGCCUACUGAUUUCCUCCUUGCACAUGUUUUUGUAAAGGCUUUUAAACUCUCAAUUGCUCCUGUUGUCAAUGUAAUGGAUGGGUGAACAAACUAAUUAAUUAAUUCAUGAAAAAAUUAGUGAGGGAAUGGGUGGGUUAAUAUGUGUCUGUUGUAUUUUCCAGCCCUACCUCAGGAGAAUGAUGACGAGGAAGUGGCUCUCCACAGAUGAGGACUUCCAACAGCUGUAUAGCAGGACAGAGAAGCUGUCCCAGCGCUGUUCACAAAUGAGACCUCCAUAUGUACAGGUAAGGAAUCGGGAAGUGCUGUUCAUAUUGUUUUAAAUAAAGGAUAUAACACUCAAUAAAGCAAAUACUCAGAAUUGUACUUGGUGGUAUGGUGCUGCUAGUGAUGGACAACAUUUAGAGACAGAAUACAGACAACAGAGUUUAAACAAAGUGUACAUACAUGAAAUAAUACAACUAGGUAGAGUGAGCAUAGAUCUAUAAGAGAAUGAGCAGAUAUACAAAUGAACAGUGGGUAUACGGUUGAUAUACAGUGGAUGUACUCAUUUACAGUGUCAGUAUGAAUAUAUAAAUAAUGAAAUAUAUCAAAUGAAUAUAUCUACAUGCAGAGAGAUGGACAGAGUGCAAUGCAGUAUAGUGCAGUUAUUUUGUGUAUAGUUCAGAGAAGCUUGAUGCGAUAGAGUGUAUAGUCCUUUAGUCUCUAUGGGCCAGAUGGCCGGUCAGAGAGGGCCACAGCCCGGGGGAAGAAACUUUUCAGGUGGUAGGAGGUUUUAGUCAUGAGUGACCUGAACCGCCUGCCAGAGAUGAAUUUUUGGAGGAGGGGGUCACCGGCGUGGGAGGGGUCGGCGAUAAUCUUUCUUGCACGCUUCCUUGCCCUGGAGUCAUGCAGGACCUCGAUGGAGGGCAGGUGGCAGCCGAUGACCCUCUUUUCAAACCGGACAAUGCAUUGUAGUUUGCCAUCAAUCUCGAGGGGGAGAGAUGGUGGGGGGCGGUUUCUGAAGUCAACCACCAUUUCAGUGGUUUUGCCUGUGUUGAGUUCCAGUUUAUUGCGACUGCACCAGGCCACUAGCCGGUCGACCUCUCCACGGUACAUGGACCAUAGUGGUGUCAUCUGCAAACUUGAGUAGUUUGACAGUUGCGUUAUUGAAGGUGCAGUCAUUGGUGUAGAGUGAGAAGAGGUGAGAGCAUGCAUCCUUGCGGCGCUCCGGUGCUGAGGGAUAAAGAGUUCCAAAAGGUGUUUUCCCACAAACAUUAUCCUUGCAUAUGUCUUUGGGUUAUCAAAGUGUUUGAGGAUGUGGUGUAGGCCCAUGUUGACAACGUCGUCCACAGACCUGUUAGCUCUGUAGGCAAACUGCAGUGGGUCGAGGAAAGCAUAAUUGAUGGUUGUGAGAUGGGACAGUACCAGACGCUCAAAGGUUUUCAUGAUGACCAAGGUGAGCGCUACAGGUCUUUAAUCGUUCAGGCAGGACACCUUUUUUUUCGGGGGGGGGGGGACUGGAACAAUGAAACAUACAGGAACAGUGCAUUGCUCUAGUGACUGGUUUAAUAUGUUUGUGAAAACGGUAGAGCUGGUCAGCGCAGUGCUUAAGUAUGGCUGGAGAGACCGUGUCCGGGCCGGCAGCCUUCCUGCUAUUGUCAGUGGUACUGAUGUCGAUGUGGUGGUGGAGUCAGGCGCAGGACACAGAAGCUUAAUCCAAACAGACUUUACUCAUCAGGAAAAGGACAAAUACAAAAUAAAGAGCCUCAAACGACGGAGGCGAGUGAUACGCAGACCGUGCGUAAAACACUAAAUACAAGAGAUGCGCAAACAGUGCGUAACUAUUCUUGAAUAUGAGAAUGCAAAAUCCAACAAACCCCAACAGACAGGCGUACAAUUACACACAACUAACUACAAACAAAACGAGAAACUUAUAGGGGACAUAAUGAACACUAAAUGGAAACAGGUGUACAAGGAAGACAAAACCAAACAAACAUCGAUAACAUUCAACGGUGGCAGCUAGUACUCCGGGGACGACGAACGCCGAAGCCUGCCCGAGCAAGGAGGAGGAGCAGCCUCGGCCGAAUCCGUGACAGCUAUUCUGUUUCCUAAAGAGUGUUACUGGAAGGUGACCAUGCAUAGAAUGGAAAAUGUAUUAAAGUAGCUUCUUGAGUUGAUGUGGAAAUAGGGGUGAAGUGCCAGGAAAAGCAGUAAAAGGAAGAGGAGGAGGAUGGGUGUCAAUUAGUUGAUUAGGAUUGUGUCAGUCAUGUGAAAGAAAGAACGUAAACAGUGAAAACAGCAGACUUUCAUUUUUCUUUUAAAUUCCUUUCUCUUGCCCCACUGUUCCAUGUGUUCCUCUGCAUCAGACCUUUGUGAGCCGCUUGCACUACUACGUGGUGAAAGAGUAUGUAUCCCAGCUAAUGAAAAACAACUACUCCUGUAAGAACAGAAAGCAUGACAAAGCAGCCACCAAGAUGAGGAUGCAGUGGGAUAAACUCAAGGAUCUGUUUGAGGAAAUGGUAGCUAACACUUCUUAACCCUGAACCACAAUCUGUUAUAAGAUUUUUUUGUCAAUUUACAUCCACACACAUUCCACUUUUCAUGUUCAAAAUGUAGAAUACUAUAGUACAUACAUUUGUUUCAUCGUUAUGUCUUUGUGCUUUGAAGAAUAUUACUGACUUGCUAUAACCAUUCAAGACUACUAGACACACUCAAAAUACUUUCCUCUUCUAUAAGACAACCCAUGACUGGCUCCACCCAGUAGGAGACCACCUGAGUAACAUCAUUGGUGAAACAAACAAGAGGAACAUAAAGAACCACCUGGAAGGUUUAGUAGCAGACUACCCAGACAUCAGGUAAUAACAUGCAUAUUCCUGUGGUCACACCUUGUAUCUGUUGAUUUGGAUAAUCAACAGAGUAUACAGGUGUAAUAUGCACAGUAUAAAUUACAAAAGAUAAUCAAAGUUUUAAAAAAACAUCAUAUGAAUUCUACUCUGACUCUGUUAUGGCCCUGUUGCUGUGAGGAGAGAAGAACAGUAGUGGAAGAAAGUAGGUCAGUAGUUAGCAGUGUUCAUCAGACAGAGGAAGCAGGUUGACAGUAGCAGAUUGAGAGAGCGCAGAGAGCAUUGUUGAUUCCCAACAGCAGUAAAUACAGGAAGUAGGAGGGGCAAGACCAGCCUGAGCCUGUUGAGAGAGAGACUUUCCCUCAGAUUACACAGACCCACAAAGAAUUUGAAAACAAAUCAAAUGUUGAACAACUCUCAUAUCUACUGGGUGAAAUACCACAGUGUGCCAUCACAGCAGCAAGAUUUGUGACAAGUUGCCACAAGAAAAGGGCAACCAGUGAAGAACAAACACCGUUGUAAAUACAACCCAUAUUUAUGCUUAUUUAUUUUCCCUUUUUUAACACUGUACACAGCCAUAAUAUGACAUUUGAAAUGUCCCUAUUGUUUUGAAACUUUUGCGAUUGUAAAGUUUACUGUUCAUUUUUUAUUGUUUAUUUCACUUUUGUUUAUUAUCUAUUUCACUUGCUUUCUCAAUGUUUCCCAUGCCAAUAAAGCCCUUUGAAUUGAAUUGACUGCAAAGCAGGGGUGACAGAACACUUGUAAAAGUGCUGUAUUUUCCCAGAACAUUGCCCUGGUCUGGAUUUUUGUGAACCUCUCUGUGACAUUUGAUUUGUUGAUUGAACUUUAGUAAACUACUCCAAAUCAAGAUUCACUGAAUUUUUUGUCUCUGUCUGCAGUAAGAAGCACCUGUCGGCUGUGCUGUACUUCAGGGGCUUGAUGCGGGGAAGGGAGAGGCAGGUGAUCCUGCAGCGUCUCACUGAGCUGAAGAGGGAACUGGGAACCGCAGGGAACACUGGAGAUAGUAGAAGAGCUCUCUUCAGUGACAUGCAGGUCACCGUCACCAAUACAGACUGUCUGGCUGACAUUCCUUUCUCCUGCCUCUCCUCCUCCCAGACAGAUAAGGAACGGGCCUAG